ACACGAGGAGUGGACGCACGGCCUUGGUCAAAAGAAGCAACCACUUUUCACCGUUCAAGACAGACAGUCCACCAAGGAAACGUUCAUUGAAUCAACAAUUCUUGCAGGAUCAAGAGAUGGAAUUCUCCUGGUGGACUUGGACUCACUGAGCAAAAGACAUGUAGAGUCAUUGCGAAUGGUAAUGAGCAAAAGUUUAGACCUGUCAUUGAAAAAUCAACAUCACACGUUGAACAUUGACAUGAACACCUGUUGUUGGGGAUGGUCUGUUGCAAAGCCUUCUACCGGGAGGAGAGGCGGCAAUGCCAAUAGACAAGGAUCGCGAGAAGAAGGAAUCUACUCCAUUUGCGGCGACUCCAUUAGGCCGUUAAUAGACACGUUCGAUCUUGUGGUGCACUUAGAAGAAGUGAUCAAUUCUGAAGCCAACGACCUAUUGUUGAAUCAUUUGCUCGAUAAAGCCGUGUCGGAGAAACAGAAUGAUCGUGUGUCGAAAUAUGGAAUGUCGUUUAAUGACUUGAAAAAGUAUAUUUCCGUGGCGAGCGACAUCGAAGUGAAGUUGUCGACGGAGUGCAAGGAUUUACUUCGCAAAUACUUUCUGAUAACUCGCAAGCUCAAAGGAGCUAGUCAAGGAUUUGCUUCUUCGACUGCUUUGCUCGAGACUUUGCUGCGCUUGGCAAGCUGUCAUUCCAAGUUGUGCCUUCGUAAUGUGGGAAGCGUAGACGAUGCAUUGGUUAGUAUAUUGAUCGUCGAAGAAACCUUGGUGUCAAAAUACGGAUCUUCGGCUUCGGUUUUAGGUUUUGUUUCACUUCCCGAUGAUCAGGAGAAUUUACACAAGCUAUAUGCUAGUCAAAAUUCGGACUUUGAAGAACCAAUGGUUUCCAACACCGAUUCAUUGUAUGAUGAUUACGAGUUCUUAUCUCACCUUCGGAGCAUGUCAAGAAUAGAUGAGGAAGAGAUGACGAACAUGUAUCAGCAUUUGAUGCGUGUGUUAAGGUCAUUUGGCGGUGGAAAUGGUGCCAGCGAUGUCAUCGAUUAUGUUAAUGAACAUUACGAAGGAGAUUAUGAUGAAAUAUGA